AAGAAAAAAAAGAAAAAGAAAAACACGGCGCUUUCGUCGAGCAUAAAGAACCCCCCCUCCAAAAAAAAAAAAACAUUAAAAGGUGUCUCCACCGCCAGGUUAUCAAACAUAACAGACGCGUACAUGUGAUUCCUUCCCAUCGCGCGGGCGUUGCUUGAAACAAAAAAAAUCCACCCAGAUGAUGUCAGGAAAGCAUUUCAAGGCUCACGAAGUGAGCUGCUGCAUCAAGUACUUCAUAUUCGGAUUCAACAUCAUAUUCUGGUUCCUCGGAGUGGCGUUCCUUGGCAUCGGGUUAUGGGCUUGGAGUGAAAAGGGAGUUCUCUCCAACAUCUCGUCCAUCACCGACCUGGGGGGCUUCGACCCCGUAUGGCUGUUCCUGGUGGUGGGAGGUGUGAUGUUCAUCCUCGGUUUUGCCGGUUGCAUCGGGGCGCUAAGAGAGAACUCAUUCCUCCUCAAGUUUUUUUCCGUCUUUCUGGGUAUCAUCUUCUUUCUGGAGCUGACGGCAGGAGUCCUGGCCUUUGUUUUCAAAGACUGGAUCAAGGACCAGCUCAACUUCUUCAUUAACAACAACAUUCGGGCCUACAGAGAUGAUAUCGAUCUGCAGAACCUGAUAGACUUCACACAGGAAUAUUGGGAGUGCUGUGGAGCUUUUGGGGCGGACGACUGGAAUUUGAAUAUCUACUUCAACUGCACCGAUUCGAACCCAAGUCGUGAGAAAUGUGGAGUUCCGUUUUCCUGCUGCACCAAAGAUCCAGCUGAGGAUGUCAUCAACACGCAGUGUGGAUACGACAUACGUGCAAAAACAGACUCAGAGCAGAGGAACUUCAUCUACAUCAAAGGUUGCGUCCCCCAGUUUGAGAAGUGGCUUCAAGACAAUCUAACGGUGGUGGCGGGCAUCUUUAUUGGCAUCGCAUUACUGCAGAUUUUUGGGAUCUGUUUAGCGCAGAACCUCGUGAGCGACAUUGAAGCCGUCAGAGAGAGUUGGUACCUUGUUCACCUAACACCCCUAGAACAUUUUUAUUUGCCGGACCUUUGCAAGUGGAUCCUGCACUUUGGAGUUGUAGCAAAGGGAAGAAUUAAUCAGCCCGAGUGUCCAGAUGAAAGAGUCUCCUUUAAAUGUAAAUAUUGAAUUAAGAAUGACUUUUUUUUUAUUGAAGCCUACCCAUUGAAAAGUAGUGUAGCCCCGAUGCAGUUCAACACAAUCGAAUAAUGUCAUGGGAAAGAGGAAGAUCUUGGUUUUAAAGUUUUAGCUUAGCGCUUUGUUUAAAAUAAGGGGUAUUAGCUUAAGUAGUUUCACAAAUGACAAUUUUCAAGAGCUCUAUGGAAGGACCGUGUACAAAGACUGAAGUGAUUCUGGAAAUGCACUGCAUGCCCUUUGUCUGCUGAUUGGACAUUGGCUACUCUAAUGUAUGAUAUUCAGUAUUUUCAAAUAUUCGUUUUCGUAGUGGCUGGUGGCACUUUUUUUUAUGUUUAAUGAAAUCUGCUUCAACUUUAGGAUAGUCCAGUUAAGAAUCAAUUUCCACAUGAAAUUACACAGCAGAGUUUUGUGAAAGUAUCGCAAUAUACAGUAUCAUGAAGAAUUAAGAUGGAUGUCGCAGGCUUUGUGAUGAUGCAGGUUGGAAGUGACAACAAACAUCCGAGUACACUGAUGUGGCAUGUUAUCCAAAUUCAGCCUUAAGCACUUUAACGAUGGUGAAGGAGAGAAGAAGCUUCAUUGCAGAUGUUAAGUUUUAAAGAGGAAACUAUUAGCGGGCACUUUCCAUUAAAAAAAAAAAACUAUGACUCUCCACUUUUGCUACUUACUUAAUCCAAAAAGCAGCUUUACAGAUAAUAUCUCACAUAUUGACAGUGGUGCCAUUUCUAUAUUAUGUUAAUAAACAUUCAGUAUUUUCCCUUAAUUUUUUGUUAUGUCCAUGUUUUUUCAGUCAAAGAAAUUCAGUCAUGAAGGUAUUUUUUUGUUGAUUUUCCACAUUUAGUCCUAUCGCUUUUCACUGGAAAAAGAGGGCGAAAGUGAUUUAUUAUUUUUUUUAGGGUCAAACCGAGCACCAUACUGGUCCCUUUUAGUGGUACUUAUAGAGGUGUACAAAUGAUGCAUAGCCUACUCACAUGCAGCCCUUGAAAGCAAGUACAGUCCCCGUCACCAGCAGAUUUGAUUUAUAAGCAUUCACAUGAGAUGGCACCAUGAUGCAUUUCAUUUUCUGAUCACUUUUAGAGGAGCAUAAGCUACCAACUCCUUUAGAUGCAGUAUGACAUCACAGCCUGUUCGCAUCCGAACUGCUUGUUUGCAGUCAAAUCUUUAAAUGUGAACUGAACAUGCGCAAACAGGACUUUUGUAUGCUUAAAGUAUGUCCUUUAUUUUUAUUCUCAUAGGCUAUGUUUUAUAAGGCAAUAUGGUGUUGGACCUGAUUGUCCUUUUAAGCGCUUCGUAUGAUUGUUAAUGUUUACAGAUCACUUUCUCACCACGUAGUGCCAUAUUUGGGAUUUCUACAUACUGCUGAAUAUGAUUAACUUGUUUUUUUCCCCACUUGUGCUCUUUAUUCUUGUAAAUAAAUGUAUCACAAUGAUGUGUAAAUAUAAGGUGUCACAGAAUAAAUGUGUUCUUUCUAUA